AUGGAAGAAGUGAGGCAGUUGGUACAAGAAGAAGGUCGAGAAGCGAGAAACUUGGUAGCUUAUCAUGUGACUGUGGAUACACCAGGCCCAAAAGUAGCACGUAAGCCUCCUAGAGCAUUGCCACCAGCCCCACGUCCCCCAACUCGAGCUACAAGACUUCGGUCAGCAUCUGCAGGCCGUGACAAGCGUUCAGAGCUGAGGGCUCGAUAUUGGGCAUUACUUUUUGGAGAUUUGCAGAGAGCUAUUGGAGAAAUUUACAAUACAGUAGAAGCCAAUGAAAAUAUCAAUGAGUGCCAAGAAGUAAUCUUAGUUUUGGAGAACUAUACUCGAGAUUUUAAGGCAUUGGCAGAAUGGUUUAGAGUAAAAUGGGACUAUGACAAUACUCCACCACCACAUCGGCCUCAAAGUCUGGCAUGGGAAAUAAGAAAGUCUGAUUUUGUUAAACCAGAACCAAAACGCGCUUUUUCUGUCAAAAGUUCACCAACCGUGUCUGGUAAAAAUAGUCCUUCUCUUUCUGGUUACAACACGCCCAGUGGUAAAAACAGCCCUAAUCCAUCUGGUAAAGCAAGUCCAGGAAGUGGCAAAAUAAGUCCUAGAAUUUCUUCAGGUAAUUCUAGUAUUAGUCCAAAAGCAAACAUUGAAUUCUUCAGUAACAAAAUUAAUGCAUCCAAAGUAACAGCUAAACCAGAGCCUAAAAUACCUAAAGAAUCAUCAAGACUUUCAGACAUUAAAGAAAAAGAUAGUAAAGAUGCCAGCGAAGAAAAUAUAAAAUUGCUGGAAAAUAGUGAAGAAAUGGAUACAUUAAAACCCAAAUGUAUUGAGAUAGGGCAGGCUAAGCUCAGUCCUAGUGUAUCUCCAAAAUUAGUUGUAAUAAAAUCACCUAAACUCACAAGUAAUAAAGAUAAUUUAAAGAAAAGAAAUGCGGAGUUGUCCACUCAAGCUACAUCUACGAUAAAUAAACUAAAUGCUAUGGAAACUGAAUAUUUAGAAAAACAAAUAGCUGGGAAUAAAAUUCACAAUGAGAACCUAAUUAAUAAAGACAGGGACGAUGAACAGCAAGUAAUUGCACCAGAGAGUAGUGUUUUAAUUGUUGCACUAGAUGAUAAAAUAGAAAACAUUCAGGGAUCCCCGACAAAAUCGGAAGACAAUUUUGCUGAUGUGUCUGAUGAAAGUUCUCCUAAAUCUGAAUUAGACGAAAACGUAUUGAAGAAUGAAAAAGACAACGGAGAAAUUCAGGAUGAGAACACAUCUGACGCAAAUGAUAAAGCAAAAGAUCAAGUGGCUUAUACGGAACUGCACAAUGGUGACAUAGAGUUAAAAGUAGAAACAGUUAUUUUAUUUGAGAAGACUGAUACAACCAUUAAAGAUAAUAAAAAUAAUUUUGUUUCCCCAAAUAAAACUAAUGUUCUAGCACAAAACAAUAUAAAAGCGGAUUCAAUUACAGCUAUACCCGUGACUGAUUUAGACAAAGAAACAAAAAAGGAUGUAGAUAAUAAAAAGUCUGAGAUAAAGUCUAAGCCGGCAUAUUCUCAAGCGGCCGCAAAACCUAAAGUAGUAGUUAAUAAAACUGACGUAAAAAUGCCUGUAAGACUAGCCAGAAGCUCUACAGUCGUAGAAAUACGUCCUGUACCUGUUAAAACUUUAAGACCUUUACAAAAAAGAACUCAGACUAGUAAAUGUAGCUAUCCUUUUAAUUUAACUACAGAAAGGACUAGUCUUUUCGAUACAGCACCAUCUACUUCCCUGGCUAAAGGCCAGAUUGUCGUUAAGAAAUUGACAGUUAAAAAUGCACAUAUGGGCUCAGGUGAUGCGAAAUUAGGGAAUCGAGCAAAUAUUAAAACAAGGCUUCGGCCCACAUCAUUAAAAGUCAACGAAAAAGGCGAUAAACGUGUCAAAGUUAGCGCGUUCAUAGAAAAAGCCGGUGGUAGUGCUACUUCGCCGGUGGAUAUGACACGUAAUGAAUCUAAUGAAAGUAUAAAAACUCUUGUUCCAGAAGAUUUACAGACUAUACCAGGGGCUAAUUCUAUAGAAAUUCUUGACGUUAGUGUUAAAAAUGAUAACGACGGUUGGUUAACUGUAAAAUCGAAACGAGAAUCUAAAAAACAGUCAAAAAGUCACUGGGCCAAUAGAUUUCGCCAACCUUCAGCAACAGCCAGUCUCCCUACAUUGAAUAUGUUAGAAUCUCCAAAAGAAGAAAACCCUAUUUUAGAAUCAAAAAUGAGUAGCGAUCGUGCAAAAUCGGAACAGCCACAAAAAGUUGCUAAAGAAAAGAAAUCCGAAAAAGCAACGAGGGUAGCUAAGAAAUCUGAAAAGCAAAAAGAUCCAACGAUGAGGAGACAGAAAUCUGACGUCACUGGUUUAAAAACUCGUUCCUCUAAAAAUAAAGUACUAACAAAGAAGUCUGAAAAGGCUAAAAUGUCUUCGAAAGAGGCGAAAAACCGGUUACAUUCCUCUCUAGAAAGUCUAACAAUGGGUUUAUCCAGAUCACAGGAAAGUCUUCAUGAGAAAUUUGACUUUGACAAAUGGAAGGCAGAAUUUAAAUCUACUUUCAACUUUCUGGACGAUGAUGACCAUAUAUCUGAUCACAACGAGAUAUUGAAAUCGGCAGAUCCCUCGGAGAUGUCUGAGAUAGCUGAAAUGACGUCGCAAAUCGAGGAGAACGAGAGAAAAAUAAGUUUAGCGUUAGACUUUCAGUCAGAAGUGGAUCAACGUAAGCUAUGUGAAGAGGAAGAUCUUUUGAAUCGACAGAUUAUGGAGCUCCAACAAGUUUCUGAUAUUGAUUUAGACACUGAAACGGAUGAUACUGAGACUGACGCAGAAAUACCUUUGGAGGAACCAGUAGUGGCUCCCGUACCCAGAAUAUCGGAGAGUCUUGGGUCACUUGCAGCUAGCUUGGAAGACCAAUAUGAGACAGCUUUGGCCGGGAUGUCAUGGGCAGAGCGAGUUGACACUCUUGUUGUGUUAGAAGCGCUUGUUGCUAGAGACCCAGGCCGAGCUCAGCAACUUCACGCUAAACUAUCGCAAGGUAUUAAACGUCGGGGCAGUUUGCAAGAUGCGUUACGAAGAUUACAAGCUAAGCAAGCACGAGCCGAAAGACAGCGAAAAGUUUAUCAGACUGAACGAGCCAAGAAAAUACACCAGCUAUUGGGUAGAGUUGAAGAAGUUAAGCUCGCAAAGAACCAGUUGACUGAAGAAAAGAAAUUAAGAAUGGAGAGACGCCUUCAGAAAGCCGCUGAAAACCGAGAUCAGCACUUGAAGGACAUAGUGCGUAAAGCUCACGACGAAGAGGAGAAAUUGCGUGAGAUAGCAUUUAUCAAACAACUGGAGGCGGAGAAUAGGCGUCAUGAGUUCUUGGAACAGUGCAAAUCUCUCACCACCCGCUUGAGGCAGAUGAGACGCGACAGACUUACUAAACUGGAACAAAAAGCAGCCCGCGAAGCAGCCGUGGGUGCCAGAAGACAAGCACUGGAAGCUGCUAGAAAGUUACAAAUGGAGACGUUAUUGGAGAAGAGAAAGGAAAGGGAUGCAAGAUUAGAAGAGUUAAAGGAGCAAAAGAAGCAGGAGAGAGACGACGCAGCCAGGGAAAAGGCUGAAGCAGUGAAGUCUCGUCUCUCCGCUUUAGCUGAGGCCGCCGAAUUAGAAGCGGACGCUCUUCGAUCUAGAAUAAGAGAUAAGCAGGACGCAAGCCAACAAAGACACACCUCGCACUUGCAAGCCAUUAGAGAAAAGGCUACAGGACCUAGGCAACCAACUACAUCAGAGAGCCACGAUAAAGAUCCGCCAGACGAAGCUGAGAAGGAAGAAUUGGACAGAAGGGAGAAAGAUAAGCAGAAGUAUGCCAAGAAGAAGGCCAGGAAGAUGAAACUGAAAUUACUAGCUAAUGGAUCCACAACAACUGUAUUCGACAAUCAGCCGCCGAAUCCCUUCGAAAAGAUCAUAAUAUCGCCUUUUAUUUUAAGAACAAACAAGCUCGUUGGUCAAUUAAAUAAUAUUAUCCAAACUAUAAAGAACAAUAAUACUGAAAACAUUAACACACCUAAUGCGAAUAAUGAUGUAGAAAAUAAAAAGAAAACCAAGAAUAAGAAAUCUCAAAAAUAUAUUGAUAGUGAUGAUGAUGAUAAUACUAACAAGAGUCAAAACACUUUAGAGAUAAUUGAUAAUGAUCUACCUAAGACUAAUGGAAAUAUUGACACAACAAAUAAUAAUAAUAAUGAAGAAACAUUCGAUUUACCUAACGAGAAUACCAAAAAUAAAAAGAAGAAAGCAAAAUCUGAGGAAUCUGAAGAAAAUACAGCAAAAAGCAAUGAAACGAAAAAGAAGAAGAACUCGAAUAAAAGAGACGUAGAUUCAGAAUCGUCGGGUAGUAGAAAGAAAAAGAAGAAGAACAAAGAUAUAUUGACCGAGUUUGAUUUUGAUUUGGAGGAUGAUAACAAGAAACGUAGGAAACGAGUUAAGAAUAAUGAAAUAGCGACUCUUUUAAAUGAUAUCAAUACGUCAAAAGGUCGCAAGGACGUCGCUAGUAUAGAUGGUCAGGGUAUAGAGAAGCUUUUAAACGAAUUGAAUAGAAACGUGGAGAGGCUGGAACCGGACAAAUCGGAAAAUGCAGCGCAUCAGAGAUAUCUGGCUGUGAAGUCCACAUUUGAGCUACUUGGUCUUAUCGCUGAGAGGGAGGACGUCGCUUCAGCCCUUUCUACUAAAUGCAUCACAGUUGGCGUAACACUGAUAUCGCGUACGCUGAGGUCUUGCUCGAUGUUGGGCGCGCAGAUCGCUGAGACCAAUAUGGCGGUACAUCUGAUCACUUUGCUUGAUCAAGUCAUUAAAAUGGCACCUAAAGAAAAAGAACGCGUGUCGAGGCACACAAAAUUGAAGAAGCAGUUAAUGAAGUAUUACAAAAAGGCAUAUCUGUGA